AUGGGCUGCUUCGACUGGCUUCGUUUCAAAUCACGGACAUGUCUGCCGCCCCAGGCUCCAGUCACUCACGUCAAGUCUCCUUCCCCCCCGACGUCAUCAUCUGCCAGCUCGGUCAUGAUCUCAACGGAUCGAGCACAUGACGAUGGUCCAUCUACGUGCUUCACCUGCACCAGGCUAAACCCCUCAACCUUUCGCAUAGUUGAGGCUGACAAGUACGGAGAGUUCCCAUUUAUAUAUGCCAAGAUUUAUGACGCCGUCAUUGUUCUGAUCGACACGGGUUGCGGCGGCGCAGCAGAAGACCCCGGUGUAAAACUUACUUCUCUGAGGGACUUCAUCGAGACUUACCCGGUCGAGGAGAACCACGGCAAGCCCCUGAAUUCACAAGGCACAAAGUCAUAUGUAGUAAUCUGCACCCACUGCCAUUACGACCAUAUUGGUGAGCACUAUCUGUCCAGCAGACUCCAAUCGGCCAGGGCCGCUGACAUCACCCAACCAGGUGCCAUUGCUCAGUUCACAGAUACCCCUAAAUCUGCCAUAUGGGCAAGUGGAUACGACAAAGACUUCAUCCUCGAUGAUCUGCCAACGUCCUCAUUGUGUCGCUUCGUCGGCAUGGAGACUCCACAGUACACGGUGACUGAUUGGGCUGCAAACGCACAGCAGGUUACCUUCGGGAACACAGACCUUAGGCUCACAAUAUACCAAACACCGGGACAUACUCCCGACGAGCUGGCUGUUUGGGACCAGAAUGAGCGGGUGCUAUACGUAGGCGAUACCCUUUAUGAAUGGGCACCCAUUCUCUUCUCUCUGUCGGGGAAUCUGAAUGACUAUGCCGCAACUCUGAACAUGUUAAAGGGGCUCGUGGAAAGGUGGAAUAAGGACGUCGCAGAAGAUGACCGUGUCAAAUUGGCAGCUGGCCACUGUACCAGCAAUACUUCUGCAUUUGAGUUUCUCCGUGAGGUCGAGGACUUUCUUGGCAAGAUCAAAAGAGGGCUUGUGACGCCUGUUGACAGGGGCACCACGCCUGGGAGAAAUGUACCGCUUGUCGGUUUUGAGCGAGAUGACGGCUGGUUCUCCUUUGUGGGUCCAAAGGAACUGUUUGAUCAAUUCCGGGUUGGCAAUCGUCCCUGA